AUGGGGACAGGGCCAGGCAGGCGCAAUUCCCCGGCUCACCGGCCUCUCCCUCCCCACCUUCCCGCAGGCUUCCUUCCUUCCGCGGCCAGGCGAGGCCCCCACGCGCCCCAGGGCCCCAUGCCCGAGUCCUGGGCCAACGGGAGCCUGGCCGGCGACUUCGUGCUGCUGGGCUUCGCGCACGUGCCCGCGCUGCGGCCGCUGCUCGCGCCCCUCUUCCUGGCCAUGUUCCUGCUCACGCUGCUGGGCAACGCGCUCAUCGCGGCGCUCACCGGCCUGGACCCCGGGCUGCGGGCGCCCAUGUACUUCUUCCUGCGCCAGCUGGCGCUGCUGGAGAUCUGCUUCUCGCUGGACGUGGCGCCCCGCCUGCUGCUGACGCUGCUGCGGCCUGGGCGCGGCGUGGCCCCCGCGGCCUGCGCCCUGCAGCUGCUGCUGGUGCUGUCGUGCGUCACGUCCGAGUGCUUCCUCCUGACCGCCAUGGCCUGGGACCGCUACGUGGCCAUCUGCAGGCCCCUGCGCUAUGGCGCCAUCAUGAGCCCGCGGCUGUGCCACCUGCUGGCCGCCGCCUGCUGGCUGGCGGGGGUCCCCGUGGCGCUGGUCUUCACCGUCUGGCUCUUCAGCUUCCCGUUCUGCGGGCCGCGGGGCAUCCGCCACUUCUUCUGUGACAUCGCCCCCCUGCUGAGCCUGGUGUGCGCAGACACCAGGGUCUUCGAGGGCUGUGUGUUGGUGGCCACAGUGUUGAUUAUGAUCCUGCCCUUCUGUCUGAUAGCCAUGUCCUACGUCCUGAUUCUGGCCACCGUCCUACAGAUGCCCUCGGCCACAGGGCGCCACAAGGCCUUGUCCACCUGUGCCUCCCACCUCAUCGUGGUGGUUCUGUUUUACGGCACCACAGGGGUCAUCCACUUGCGUCCCAAGGCCAGCUACUCCCCAGAGAGCAAGCAGGUGGUGUCGCUGUCCUACACCCUGGUGACGCCCAUGCUCAACCCCCUCAUCUACAGCCUGCGGAACAAGGAGGUGAGGGCUGCACUGGGGCGCGUGUGUGUUCAGAGAAGCCCCCGUGCUCUGUGACCUUGCACAAGGACUUUAUCCGGCCAUUGCCGUGCACUCCUUCUGGAGCGAUCUGGGAGCACCUCAAGGCACAGCAGUGGGAACUCUUUGUCUUUCUCCUCCUGUGCGUCUCCUGCUGGCGUGGGGUGAUGGCGCCACGCCCCUGGAUAUCUGCCUUCAGCCGUCAUCCUUCUCAUGAGCUCUGUUUGUGGAGGACGCUCUGUCCCUCUGUGCUGCUGGAGCACGAACCAGAUCCGCAUUCCAGCCGCAGUUGCAGCACAGUUUCUGUUGAAGCAGCAUUGCCAGCUUGGGUGAACGAAAGCACAGCACCUAGGCGAGCUUUGAUCUCAGCUGAGUAAGAAAUUGGUCGGGUCGGUGCCGCGGCUCACUAGGCUAAUCCUCCGCCUUGUGGCGCCGGCACACCGGGUUCUAGUCCCGGUAGGGGCGCCGGAUUCUGUCCCGGUUGCCCCUCCUCCAGGCCAGCUCUCCGCUGUGGCCCGGGAGUGCAGUGGAGGAUGGCCCAAGUGCUUGGACCCUGCACCCCAUGGGAGACCAGGAUAAGUACCUGGCUCCUGCCAUCGGAUCAGCGCAGCACGCCGGCCACAGCGGCCAUUGGAGAGUGAACCAACGGCAAAGGAAGACCUUUCUCUCUGUCUCUCUC